AUGUCCCCCUUCACAGAACCUUCAUUCCCUCGCGCCGGUAAGCCGAAGCGCAUCCGCAAGAAAGGCCAGAGGGGCGACCACCACAAGGCUGCCCCGUCGCACAACAGCCUGCCUGCCGCCUCGCAGUUCGGCCACAACUCCACCGCCGAGUAUGAGCCUUCCGAGCCGGGGGACUGGGCAACUAGCAGCUUUCAAGAUCAGAUGCCGAACGGGGCCCCGCAUCAAGGCGCGGGAAAUGAAGACAGUCAACACAGGCCGGCCUCCCAGCCGCAAGCACCAGGGCUAGACUCCGAAGGCAAAGACCCCGCGCCUUCAUACGCGUCCUUGACCGCGAGUCACAGUGAUUUGCACCAAGACUCAUCUGACAAGUCGUCCAAGCGUUCAAAGAAGAAGAAGAAACCAUAUCAGAAAGAGAACGACUCUAGCAACCAUCUGACCGGCAACCACCUGUCCGGCAACCAUCUGGCUCUUGAGUCGAGUGUUGCGGCUCAUGAGUUGGCCCCUGUAACGCCUCGGAUGGGCACUCCUAGACUUGCUAACUUAGCAACGCCCAGGCUACCCAGGCGUGAGCAAGAACAUGAACAUGAGCAUGAGCAUGAGCAUGCAAACUCGGAAUCGACUCCUCUCAUCCAUGCCAUUGACGCCUUCCUCCCACCCACCGGUGUGGCCGAAGUCAACGCCACGGAAGCCCACAUUGUUCAUGUUGAAGAGGUGCCUCGCUAUCACAAUGGUCAUGUGGAUGAGAUACAUCAUUACCACAACGACUCUAUAUCGAGGGCAAACCAUGUUUUCGAAGCACCCUGGAGCACCCUAGAGACCGCCAGCGCGCGGGAUGGGAAAGGCCCCAAAGUCACAGCUACCGUCCAGGUCCCCGAAGUACUUGAGGCCCCUGCCCUCGAGGUCCCUGCCGAGCCUGCUGUCCGGGUCUUGGACACCCAACGACCCAGCACCAGGUUACACAUUGGAGAGUUCGAUGGCUACGAUGUGUCGGAAUAUCUCAAGACACUCGAUCUCGAGCUGGACCACGGAUUAGUCUCGACCGACCGUCGGGUAGGCAUCUUCAUCACAUUCACCGCCAGGCCCCUCCGGCCUCUUGUCCAGGCCCUUUCCGCGGGUCAAACCUGGGAGUCGUUCAAGCGCAAGCUGCAGCAGCGGUUUGCGGCCGACGAUACGACACGCCCAGGCUUUGCCGUCGAGGGACUCAGCAAGCUCCAUCUCGAGAGGCCAACGACACCCGUGGAUGUGUAUGACUGGCUUUACAAGCACCGCUCGUUGACCCAGACGCUCAUCGGGGAGGACUAUUGGGUAUCCAUUCAGUAUACUCGUGCCCUGGUUGACGCUAUGCCAUCUGAUCUUCUUCUCCAGAUCGGGUUCACCACGUUUGAGGAGUUCUACGUCAUGGAGUAUGGGACUCUGUGGGAUAAACUGCACCAGGCCGUCGAACCACGAUUUUUACUGGCGUCUCGAAGGAAUUCCGCGCCCGAGAAACAGUUGGCCCAGUCACCAAGCCAUCAUGGAAACCAGAGCGAAGUCACAAGUCGACUCACCGAAUUGUGCCUCAACGUGGUGGAUCUGGCGCGGGCCGUGGGGAGUAUUGACGAUCGGUUGCAGGUCGUUGAGGCGAGACUGCCUUGA